GGCAUGUUCGGCCUCCGGAGGAGACUGAGAGGAGACCUCAUCCACGUCUGUCAGCGUCUCAGGGAGGGGUCAGGGGAUGCACCAGGCUCCGAGCCGCACACACGAGACAACGCGCCGAAACUGGUGCACAGGAAGUCCCCCUUGAGCAGGAGGAAGAAUUUCUUCACUCGUUCGGGUGACCGAGGACGGGAAGAGAUUUCCCGGAGAGGCAGCGGAGUCUCCCUUACCCGAGAUACUCAAGAACGGCAUGGACGCGUUCCUGUGCCGUGCGCUCCAGGACAGCCCUGUUCGAGCCCGGCGGCUGGAGCGGGUGUCCCGCCGCGGAGCCCCUCCAGGGUGACCCGUUCCGGCCGUGACUACAGUUCCCGGCGCGCUGCGCGGCGCCCGGGCGCUGCCGGGAGGCGGCGGCGGCGGCGGCCGGGCGGGCGGUCGGUGGAGCGGGCCGACGAGAUGCGCGGCUACGCCGAGCGGCUCAUCGACUACGCCAAGCGGGGGGACAAGGACGAGCGCGCCAUGCGCAUGGCGGAUUUCUGGCUGACCGAGAAGGACCUCAUCCACAAGCUGUUCAAGGUGCUGGCGCCCCGCUUCCAGCCGCACCCCGGCAGCUACACGCGGCUGCUGCAGAUCCCCAACCGGGACGGGCUGGACCGCGCGAAGAUGGCGGUGAUCGAGCUGAAGGGGAACCCGCUGCCGCCGCUCGUCCGCCCGCGCCGCGACUCCGACAAGACGCUGCUGAACCAGCUGCUCAAGGGCUACCGGCAGGACGCGCAGCGGGCGCCCCGCGGCACCCCCGUCUAGAGCCGCGCUGCCCCAGGGAGGGGAAGGUGUGGGAGGAGGGCUGGAGGGUGAUGGAAGUUGCCUCGGUGAGGGCUUGUGAGUUUGUUGGCUGCUUGCAGUGGUUUGGAGACUCGGCAGGAGAAGGAGAUCCAGCUAGGAGCCCUGAUGAUUGAUGUUUUCUGUGUAAAUAAACUUUGUUCGGAAAGUC